UGAUGUCUCGAUACAAUUUCAGGGUGUACAGCCUGUAUUGAGCGAUGCCUCAAUUACUGAGUUGGCUCCAAGUAAUGGAGGCUGUAGUCCCCGAAGGAUUGUUGAUGAUGCACCAACGGAAUGGAUUUACCCUUGCACGCCGAAUGCAGAAGCAGAUACGGCCCGCUUGUGUUCAUCUGCGAGCUGCGGUUCGUCGUUCUUCAUCAUACUCCUGGUGAAAGUCUGACUCCUGUAUUCCGAUCAUCCAGUUCAAUCAUGCCUGAACUGGACGUGCCCGGAGCGACGCUCCACUACGAGACUCAAGGAGCAGGCCCGGUGCUAUUGUGUAUCAGUGGAGCGAGCGGCAGCCAUGAGAUCUACAAGCCGAUCGCCAGAUAUCUCAAAGAUAAAUUCACUGUCGUGAUGUAUGACCGACGAGGUUUCUCACAGAGCUAUCUCACUGGGGCGCAAGAUUAUGACCAGCGAGUGGAACGCGAUGCCGACGAUGCUGCAGCUUUGAUCCAACACCUUUCGCCAGACGAGCCAGCAACCGUGUUGGCAAACAGCUCAGGAGCAAUCGUUUCACUGAAGCUUCUACAACGGCACGAGGAUGAGAUUCGAUUCCUUGUCUGUCAUGAACCGCCAGCAUUUAGCUUCCUUCCCGACCGCGACGAACUCGAACGGACACAAGACGGAAUCUACCAACUCUACCGCAAAGGCGGCACUUUCCCUGCCCUGGCCGAGUUUGCGAAAAUGAUCGACACGCCCGAGCAGGAACUCCCUUUGUUCAUGAAGGCAUUUGAUCCACGGUCUGGGCCGAACGUCUUUGCGAAUGUGCAGUAUUGGUUCGAACGCGAGCUGCCUUACUAUCCGCUCACAAAAUAUGCCUCCCGAGAUUUUCAACCUUUGCGACAUAAAUUGUUGUUGGCAAACGGAGCAGAUACCAGAACUCACACAUUUCAAUACCGUGCUAACGCAACAUUGGCACAAGACCUUGGGCAGGAAUUGGUCAUCGUUGCCGGAGCCCACAUCGGAUUCGCGACUCAUGCAAAGCAGUUUGCGGUUGACAUGGUGGAAGCAUUGAAAGAACGAGACGGUUUUUACGAGACCCUCUCUGGGUAGUGGCAGGAUUCUCAUAUUCAGUAUGCAUACAACGCGUCCUCGAUAAUUAUCUGGUCAAUGAUUUUGAAUUUUGUAUGCAAAAUAAACAUCCGUGACCCAAGCAUUUCGAUAUCCAU